UAAAGGAGAUUUGCGACCCUAAUAUGCUGCGCUUUGCCGCAGUGCCGCCUUUUGCUGUAUGGAUUUUAAGUUGUAGUCGAACACCAAACUAAGUGAAAGUUUCGACAAGUUUGUGAAGUUCAAGACGGAGACGUGGCUGGUUUUGAGGACUUUUGUCAAGAAAUGGCCGCGGAUUCGUCGUGAUUUGAGUGUGGCAAACAACCGUCACGUUGGCCAUGAGUGGGCCGCACCGUACGGGCAACUUCUUCUGUGUAUGAACUACAGACCUGCGCAGAGAACGAGAAUAGACCAUGACAGACCACGAGGAACACAGCUGCUUGAACAGACUACCGGUACCGUCGCGUAAGUCGGUCCUAGUCGCGCUGCUCGUCAUCGCGACAGCCAUGACGUUGGUACUUGUCCACGUGACCGGACAGUGGGUCGGACACAGGGUUUUCGCGCAGGCCUACCAUCCCCGCGAGCAAGUGGUCAAUUCAUGGGAGGAGUCUCGUAAGAAUACGGGGGAUUCUUGGCUCCGCUCCCGAGAUGGCAGGAGGAAAAACAAGGAUAUACUCUCGGAAAAACAGCCCCCACCACAGCAACUUCUGGGUGGCUCAGACAAAGAAGAAAACAUGCCAGAUGGCGUGGACUUUGCCCCAGGGAAAAUGUUACCAUCUAACGACAUCAUUGGAGAGAGGCAGAGACUAGACUCGCUAACAGAGAAACAUAGAGGGGUUAUGAAUCUUCCGUCCAGGAGCCAGACUAAUCGCGCGUCCCCAUCUGAUGUGUUGCGGGGCUCUGUACCUUCAAAAGGGAUUGUUCUGAACCCCGAAGACGACCAACAAAAUUAUCUUCAGGGCAUGAUAAGGAAGGAAAUGGUACCAUCUCCACUUGAUACCCCAACUUUUUCGAGACGGAAUGACCAUCAGUGGAACGAACGAGACCCCAAAGCGUUGACACGUCUGCCAUUUCGUCAGAAAGGCGAUCGAGAAUGGAAGGUAAUGUUCUUUCGCACACAGAAAGAGGACGCUCUGAUUUUCAACCGCGUCGGGAAAUGCGGCAGUCGGACCGUCAUCAGUAUCCUGCAGAAACUGUCGGACAUGAACAACUUCCACCUGAUCUCUUCACUGGUGUACAAUCAGACCCACCUUAGCACAUCCUGGCAGGGUGGUAUCGUGAGGAUUUUGGAAAAAGUGAAGACGCCUUACCUUUUUCAGCGGCACCUUCAUUUUGUUGACUUCACUGAAUUUAACGCCAAGCAGCCGAUGUACAUCAACAUAAUAAGGGAUCCCCUGGCCCGAUUUGUGUCGAAUUACUACUUUAAACGCUUCGGCGAUGGGCGGAGCAUCCGGAAAUAUAAGGGGUCAAAUGAGACCAGAGACAGAUCUGUUACAGAUUGUAUCGUCAACGGCCACAAAGAGUGCAUUACUUCUGGCAUAAUCUACAUCAUUCCGUUCUUCUGUGGUCAACUGAAAAAAUGCCGAGAACCAACUCAGUGGGCCUUGGACCGAGCCAAGGAGAACGUAGAGAAACACUUCGUAGCUGUCGGAAUCCUUGAAGACAUGGAGAACAGUUUCAGAGUCUUUGAGAAAGUCCUGCCCCAAUACUUCACGGGAGCCGUCCAACUGCUGUUGAAACCAGAUGAAAAACAGGUGUUGAAGAAUGGCUCAACAACGACAAAAUUCAAGGAGAAGCCGUCGGAAGAAGCAACGACCAUCAUGAAACAUCUCAUGUACUACGAAUACGAGUUUUAUCACUUCAUCAAGGACAGGUUGGAGAAGCAGAUGGCGUAUUACGGCAUCAAGAGAUGAACGAAAUUUGCAACCGGUGAUAUUGCGAAGAAAAAAAAACAAUCAUAUAUGGAUUGGCUGCAAAGCCCGUUACAAGUUACACAUUUUUGUUGAUGAAACUUGAAAAUAAUCACAGGGAAUGCAUCGUUAAUGCCAAAAGUUAAUCCGCUUCCAACUCCUGCAUACAAACGCUGCUUUUACGAUUAGGCCAAAAAAAAAGUCUCUGCGCGUCGCCGUAGCAAUGCACAUCGGCAACAUGAGCAAGUUUUUUUCAAUGAAAGAUGAUGUCUCAAAACCGCCAAACUCACUGGUUUGACUGGAAUCCUGCUGCUGCACAAUUUUAACGUGUUUUUAGAUUGGG